UAAAGUUCGAACCAGGCUUCACUAUGCGAUUGAUUUUAUUAUUUGUGUUGAGUUUUUGUGCCAGUGCGGUGUUCGCGAAUGACGAUAAAAUAGUAGUCUGCUACUAUGGCACAUGGGCGAUAUACCGGACUGGCUUGGGCAAGUUCGACGUAGACGACAUCGACCCAUUCCUCUGCACGCAUCUGGUGUAUGCCUUCAUCGGCAUCGACGCUGAAGGAACAGCUCAGGCGCUUGACCCUGAACUUGAUGUUGAAAGAGGUAACUUCAAGAACUUCACUUCGUUGAAAGAAAAGAACCCGAACCUCAAAACGCUUGUAGCUGUCGGAGGAUGGAGCGAAGGGUCAGCUAAUUACUCUAUUAUGGCUGCAGAACCAGAAUAUCGGCAGAACUUCAUCAACACCUCUCUGGCAAUGAUACUGGAAUACAACUUCGAUGGUCUGGACGUAGACUGGGAGUACCCCAAUCGCAGAGACACGGUGCAUGGUGAAGACGACAUUGAGAACUUCAGCACUCUCCUUAAGGAGUUGAGGGAGGAAUUCGAUAAUUACGGUCUACUGCUGACAGUCGCUGUAUCUGCUGUGGAGGAAGCUGCUGUGCAGUCCUAUGACGUUCCAAGUGUUGCCAAGUACGUAGACUACAUUGGCGUUAUGACAUACGACAUGCACGGCUCCUGGGACUCCGUGACCGGCCACAACGCGCCUCUGUUCAUAAGUGAAGGAGAGAGUGCUGAAAACGAAACCACUCUGUACAACGUCAAUAAUGCUGUCAAGUAUUGGCUUAGUGCAGGAUGUCCUCCCGAGAAGUUGGUUAUGGGGGUUCCAUUUUACGGGCGCACAUUCAACCUGAGUGACCCUUCAGUUAACGCUCCAAAUUCACCUUCCAACGGAGCUGGUCUCGCCGGUCCUUACACUGCUGAAAGUGGAUAUGUUGGGUAUAACGAGUUCUGCCAUAUCCUUCAGAACGAGUCUUCUUGGACCGUCCAAACCGACAACCUUGCCAAAGUGCCUUACGCCUUCCUCGACUACAACUGGGUAUCUUUCGAUAACGUUGAAUCCAUCACCACCAAAGUGGAGUACGCCAACAGCUUCAACCUUCGCGGUAUCAUGCUCUGGAGUAUCGAGACUGAUGACUUCCACGGCCUCUGUGGAGAGGGAACAUUCCCUCUGCUGAACACCAUCAACACAGUUCUAGCUGAAGGCUCAUCAGAAGCCGGACCCAACAACCCUCCUGGCAAUCACGGCCCUCCUGGCCAUCACGGCCCUACUGGCAAUCACGGCCCUCCUGGCCAUCACGGCCCUCCUGGCCAUAACAACCCUCCUCAUCAUCACCAUCAUUAAAUAUGGAAACCUACUUCCAGGCCCUUAAAAGAAGAAUUGAAGACAAAUCUAUAGUACAAGUAUUAUGAAUCUCCUAGAGUCCAAGGAAAUGGCACUCUUUU